AGAUGAAGUUUGCAGGUAAGAACGUCAGAGAAAAGUCAACAAAAGUAUAAACCAUCUUUCUUUGUCUUCCAUAAUCCAUUUCACUUCUCUUUUGGGUUUUCAAUUUCAGAAGCUUCUUCUUCACUUCAGUAUACCCAUAUUAAUGGAGGAAGGAGCCCUUUCGAAACCACUGGCGGCGGUGGCUUGCGCCGCAAUGGCCUUAUCCUACGUCGCCAUCCUCUAUGCUCCCACUUUAGUCCUUCGUCUUCCGCCUCCGCCGCUCUACAAAGACUUCAUGAUCCGACGGUUCAUAUGUGCCGCUACUUCAUCUCUUGUAUCUGUCGUCUUCUGCUAUCUAAUUCUUCCCAUGAGAAGCAGGGAAAUCUCAUAUUUUCUUGGCGUUCUGGGCAUUCGAAUGGAUCAUAUUUGGCAAGCUGUGGUGUUUCCUCUCUCAUUGACUUGUUUAAUGUAUGCUGGAUCAUUGGUCCUCAAGACUCUGUUAUUGAUAGAUUCCUUUAGUAUAUACGCGAAUUCUAGUGGGGAUACUUCCUUUGGAUGUAUCAAAUAUGCCCUGAGAAGUCUUCUUGAUUGGGGACUCUCGAUUACUUCCAAUAUUUUGGCUUGGCGCAAUUAUGUUGUGGCUCCACUUACAGAAGAGCUGGUGUUUAGAGCAUGUAUGGUUCCGUUGCUUCUUUGUGGAGGUUUCAAAAUAAGCAGUGUCAUAUUUCUCUGCCCUGUUUUCUUCAGCUUGGCUCAUUUAAACCAUUUCAUGGAGGUCUACAGCAAGCAAAACUAUAACUUCAUUAAAUCUUCCUUGGCUGUAGGUUUUCAGCUGGGCUACACCCUUAUCUUUGGUUCAUACGCCUCUUUUCUCUUCAUUCGUACGGGGAAUCUUCUGGCGCCUUUAGUAGCUCACGUAUGCUGCAAUUUUAUGGGAUUGCCAGUGCUUUUCUCAAGAAGCAAAGGCAUAGUCAGUGCGGCAUUUCUAGCCGGAAUGGUUGGUUUCUUGUGGCUUCUUUUUCCCAUGACUCACCCGGAUUUGUACAAUGAUAGAACAAAUAAUUGCAAAUGUUGGCAGGGGUAUUGUUCUUGGAAUGAACCUUUAAAGUCUUCAUUGUAAAUCCUUAACGAAAGUGAAACAACCUUGCACCAUUGCUAACCCAUUGCUAACAGCACCUUGUGCUCAUCAUUUAUAACUUCUCAAAUUUUAUUUCAUGAGAAACCAAGCUAAUCUUACUCAUUUGUAGAACGAACUUUAGCUAAGUCUUUUAUGUUGUAAUGUUUGCCAUAUUGACCUUUUGCCAAGUUUAAGAUACACAAAUCUUUAGACA